GCGAGGUAUCCUGAAUUGAGUUUCCGUCGUAUGAAUUGAGCUUUCAAACUCUUACACCUUGUAGGAUUUUUGCAAUGUGAUUUACCUCCCUUCGCAGUAAGAAUGGCAGCGGUCACCGGAGGGAGAGUCCUUCUCCACCUCAGUCGAUCCCUGGUGUUGCAGCCGAGCAGCAGGCUUUUUCCACUGAAGCUGGCAUCAGCCUGCCUGCCCAGGAGGCUUUGCAGCGCUAGUGACCAGACGCAGCCAGUAAGCCCAGAGAAUGAAUCUCUGCUUGAGAACUUGAAUCUCAUGGGAGUGGAUAUCAAAAUGGCCCGCCAACGCCAGCCUGGAGUCUUUCGCAAAGCCUUCACCAAUGAGAAAGGCCUCGCUCAGUUCCUGCAAACGAAGGGCGCAAGCCGCCAGGCCAUCGCCAGCAUUGUGUCCCGUUAUCCCCGCGCCAUCACACGCUCCAUCGAACACUUGGAGCAACGGUGGCAGCUGUGGAGAAAUGUGUUCACGACUGAUGCAGAAAUUGUGAGCAUCCUUGAUCGCUCGCCUGAAUCUUUUUUUCGUUCUAGUGAUAACGAUAACUUGGAAAAGAACAUAGAUUUUCUCAUCUCACUGGGACUUAACACCAAAGACCUUCAUCGGCUGCUGACCACCGCCCCCCGCACGUUCUCCAACAGCGUGGAGCUCAACAAGCAGAUGGUGGAGUGUCUGGAAGACAUUUGCGCUGAGCUUGGAGGAGAAAAUCCUGAGCAGUUUGCAAAAUCCAUCAUAUCUAAAAACCUUUACAUUCUUAUCAGAAGCACUAAAAGAGUAAAGACAAACAUAGAAACCCUGAAAGCUUCUCUAAACUUGAGCGACUCGGAAAUGCUGGCUCUGCUUCAAGGACAUGGGGCUGACAUUUUGGACCUGUCCAAUGAGUAUCUGAAGAAAAGUUUCAACAAUCUUCAGCAGAAAAUGGCUUUACUUGGCUGUCGGAGGAAUGAUUUGAAAAAAAUUAUUAUCAGCUAUCCACUGAUUCUCUACAUUGGGCCAGAAACACUGAACACUAAAAUUGAUUGCCUUCUAAAGGGAGGAAUCACGAUGAAGCAGAUACUCGAGAAGCCCAAAGUGCUGGACUACAGCACACAGAACAUUACAGGGCGACUGGAGGAGCUGCGGAGAGUGGGAUACGACUUCAAGAAAAACGGUAUCAACAUCCUGGACUCCAGUCGAAAGAGAUUUGAUGCAAAGAUGGAAAAACUUGCAACUUCACCAGAUGAAUGAACGUAGCUGUUUUUUUUUACAGUGAUGCCAGAUCAGGUUGAUGACUGCCUUUACCUGACUUUGAGAGGAGCUGAUCCAUGCUUGACCCUGCUUAGGAUGCAGGAAAACUACUAAAACAACCAUGCUGUCAUUAUUAAUGCUCAUAAUGUACUGUUUUUUGGUCUAAAUAUUCAAUUAUCAAAAAAGCCAUUUUCAAAUCGUUUAUGUCUGUAGUUGUACGGGUGGACUCUUGUAACUAUGUUUUUAAGUAAAUAAAACUAUUGUUUUGUGCAAGUGUGAAUAUAUUAAAAAAACGGGUUGUCCUUAAUGUGUUGGAUUUUUAACUAUAUAUCAUAGCUUAAGUUACUUAUUUUAAACUGAGGAUUUAAUUAUCCGU